GUGCUUCUUCCGUUCUUUCUCUCUCUCUGUGGCCCAGCAAGAUGCCUUCCAGACUGAGGAAAACCAGGAAACUGAGGGGUCAUGUCAGCCAUGGCCAUGGCCGUAUUGGCAAACACAGGAAACAUCCUGGAGGCCGUGGUAAUGCUGGGGGUAUGCACCACCACAGAAUUAAUUUUGACAAAUACCAUCCAGGUUAUUUUGGAAAAGUUGGUAUGAGACAUUACCACUUGAAAAAAAAUCAGCACUUCUGCCCUACGGUGAAUCUAGAUAAACUCUGGACGCUGGUUAGCGAGCAGACGAGGCUCAACUAUGCCAAAAAUCAGACUGGAUUAGCUCCAGUUAUUGAUGUAGUACGCUCGGGUUAUUACAAAGUCCUGGGUAAGGGGAAGCUGCCCAAACAGCCUGUAAUUGUGAAAGCAAAAUUCUUCAGCAGAAAAGCAGAAGAGAAAAUCAAAGAAGUUGGUGGAGCCUGUGUGCUAGUGGCAUAAAGGGUUUUUGUAUGUAUUCAAGCUUGGCGGCAUGAAUAAACAAGUUUCAGAUGUC